AUGCCAUGGAUGUCCUCUGUAAAGUUAAAAUGCUGCCCUUGCAAAAAGAAUGUAAUCAGAAGGAAAUUGACUGUCGAAUUAGAUAAAGAUUUAAAGUUCAGUUUGUGUUUGUACGCCUUUGUGUUGAUAUACAUUAAAAUAAGUUUAAAAUACUUGGAACAAAAUGCACAACCACAGAAACAAUUGAGUUGUAGUUCCAAUACAUAUUACAAUAAUUAUGGCAAUAGAUAUAACCAUAAUACAACAUGUCUUUUUGCAACUAAAAGUAACAUCAUACGAGAUCGCAGCAUUUUUCAAAAUGUUGAUAAACUUUAUUUCGAGGACAGUAAUAUACAAGAAUUUCAACGAGGUAUAGUUGAUCAAUAUUUUACCAAUCGCCUUAAAUUAUUAAAUCUUGCAAAUGUUCAAUUAGAAAACAUAGAAGUUAAUGCUUUAUCCGGUCUAAAACAAUUGCAAUAUUUAUAUUUGAAUGACAACAUUAUGCAAAAAUUAUCACCCGGCAUUUUCGCCGGACUGGAUAAUUUACAAUAUUUAAAUCUGUCGCAAAAUCAAAUAUCAGAAUCAUUGGACAAAAGAAAUUUUACAGGAAUCGAAUCAAAUUUGAAGACUUUAGAUUUAAGUUAUAAUAGAAUUAAUUUUAUUAGAAAAAAUUGUUUUGCUGCAUUCUCUCAAUUAGCUGUUUUAAAUAUAUCUCAUAAUCAUCUAUCGACUCUGCCUUCAUUUUCUGAAAAUAUGUUGUUAGAUACCAUUAUUUUGUCGUACAAUAAUAUAAGUAAAAUAGAAGAUGACACUUUUCCAAAAAAAUAUUCGAUAACGACUAUCGAUUUAUCCAAUAACAAUUUGUCAGUGCCUUCAAUUGGUUCUGUUUUAAAUAAUUUUAAGAAAAUAUCAAGUUUAAAAUUGGGCAAUAAUUACAUAAAGGAUAUAGAAAAAAUUUUAAGCAAUGUUGAAGUCAACCAGUUGUCAAUUGAGAAUAAUCCAAUUGAUAGCAUAGCUGGAGGUUCAUUUUGUUCAGAACUAGUUGUAAGUCAUCUUAAUCUAAAGAUUUUGACAAAUAUUUCCUUGUGUAACACCGGCACAGUUAUCAAAGCAUCUCAUAAUAAUUUAGAACAAAUGCCAGUGUGGACAGAUAUGCAGGAGGUCAAAGUAGUCGAACUGCAACAUAACCAAAUUUCAAAAAUUCCUCUAGGAAUUUUCAAGGAUCUCAAAUCUUUAAAUGUGUUAAGACUGGACAGGAACAAAAUUGAAUUUUUAGACACUGGUGUGUUUUCUGGAUUGCGUGCACUAAAAAGUUUGAACUUAUCUUUCAAUGCACUAUCCCAGAUAGAUCAUCAUAUAUUAUUUGGAAUGAAAAAUUUGGAAGAUCUUUAUCUUGGAGGCAAUAGGUUGACCACAUUACCGCACGAUGACAUGUUUAAAGUACUUCCGAGUUUGAAGAAUUUGGGACUUAAUAAAAACCAUUGGUAUUGUUUACAAUUGAUGAGUAUAUUGAAAUCCAUGGAAGACCAUAAAAUUGAAAUUGUGCAUCAUGGAGAAGUUGAUUACCAUGUUGCAAAUUUGGAUGGGAUACGUUGUUGGCCAGAAAACAGAACCGAUGUUUAUGAAGUCAAUACUGCAAAUAGUCUAAAUGAGACAAAAGAAUCAGGUGUGGUUACUAGUUUGACUACAACCACGCAGUUGACCACUUUGCCAACUACAACAAGAAAAGUUACUUCACUGCCAACUACACAAAUUACGAGCAAACGAACUUCUCCAUCAACAACUACAAAAUUAGAGACGACAACUGAAUCUUUGGCACAAACUUCAACAAAUUUACCAUCACCAACUUUAAGCAACUUCAACAAACCAUCUGUGACAAUUUUUGAGGCUGCAGUAAAACAAAUGAUGCAAGCUGAAAGUUUUAUCGACAGUGUUAUAGAAGAAAUACCAAACGGUGUCUUUGAUGACUAUCGAGUAGAUAUUAUUCGAAGUUUGAACUUGGAAAACGUCCAAUUGAAGAAGAUAAAAUCGAAUGCCUUAGACGGAUUAAAAAAUUUACAAGAAUUAAAUCUAAACAACAAUGCUAUUAGAAGCAUACAACAAGGUUGUUUCAAUACACUAACUGAUUUGCAAACUCUUAGAAUAUCUCACAAUGAAUUAUCUGGGAAACUUAAUGAAAAAAACUUUACUGGAAUAGGAACACUACUCAAGGAAUUAGAUUUAAGUUUCAAUAACAUUGAAGAAUUGGAAAUGAAUUGUCUGGCACAUUUCGAAAUGCUUACUUCAAUCGAUUUAUCGCAUAAUUUAUUAUCUGGAACAUUAGCAGAACAAUUUUUUUCUGGAGAAAAUUCAGAUUUAAAAGUACUUGAUUUGAGUUUUAAUCAAAUUGAACACAUAAAAGUAAACUAUUUUUCAAAUUUAGCAAAAUUGGAAUCUAUAAACUUGUCCAACAAUCGUUUGUUCAAAGCUCCAUCUUUUGCUUAUAACAACGAUAUAAAAUAUCUAGAUUUAUCUAAAAAUUUAAUUAAAGUUUUUGAUGAAGACACUUUUCCUACAGUCUAUGAAAUCGAUUUGCUUGACUUAUCGUCCAACGAAAUAUCUUAUAUAUCACCAUAUUCUGGUUUUACAAAAUCGUCUAAAAUAGCAAAUUCGAGAUUGCAGAACAACAAUUUUGUAGACAUCAGAAAUUUUUUGACAGAUAUUUUGUUAGACUCAUCGCCAUAUUCUGGAUUUACAAAAUCGUCUAAAAUAGCAAAUUUGAGGUUGCAGAACAACAAUUUAGUAGACAUCAGCAAUUUUUUGACUGAACCUAAAUUGUUUGAGAUAUCUUUGCACAAUAAUCCUAUCAAAAUAAUCAGCAACAAGUUUUUCUGCCAAGAUUUAAAAGUGAGUGGAAUGGAUUUAGUUUCAGUAACAAAUAUUUCCAUGUGCAAUACUAGUACAAUAUUUGAUGCUUCUCAUAACCAACUUUCAGAAAUGCCAAUUUGGACAGACAUGAGAUCAGUACAAUAUAUUUUGUUACAAGAUAAUGAAAUUACUAAUAUUCCUGUUGGACAAUUUGCAGGUUGCACUUUUUUGAAAGGUUUAAAUCUAGAUAACAAUAAAAUAACGACUUUGCAGCCUGGCAUAUUCACCAGCAUCAAAUGUGCCCGUUUUCAUAAUGUAGAAUAUUUAAAAUCUUUGAAAUAUCUUCAAAUUUCUCUUAAUUCUUUGUCGGGAACGUUAAACAAAUUGAAUUUUACUGGUUUAGGAAAAAGUGUGGUUGAAUUAGACUUAAGUUCUAAUAACAUCGAAGUUUUAAAUGAUACUUGUUUUGAAGGUUUAAAUUCAAUUAGCAUUGGAAGUUUAAAUUUGCAAAAUAAUAGUUUUAAGAACAUCGUAAAAUUUUCAGUAAAAAUCAGUGUUUCAAAAGUAUCUCUAGACAAUAAUACUAUAACGGGUAUUGGAUAUGCAAAUUUUUGUAAAAAUGCGACUUUAAGCAAUUUAAAUUUAGAAGUUAUAGAAAAUAUAUCAAUGUGUAACACUGGUGAUACAUUUGAUGCAUCGUAUAAUAAAUUAACAAAUUUGCCAAAAUGGACAGAAAUGAAGACUGUACGAAUUAUUAAAUUGCAACACAACUUGAUUAGUAACAUACCAAUAGGACAUUUUCAAGAUUGCUCUGAAUUAGUGGUAUUAAAUUUAGCCAAUAAUUAUAUAGAUUCUUUGGGCACUGGAGUAUUUUCUGGAUUGACUACUCUUCAAUCCCUGCAAUUAUCUUUCAACUCCUUGCCAAAUGUCAAUCAUUAUAAUUUAUUUGGAUUGGAUAAUUUGAAAAUUAUAUCUGGCGCACCCAUCGGAUAUUGCGCAUGGAUUUUAUGUCGUGAAAAUCGAGGUAAAAUUUUGUUUUGGGGCUAA